AUGGAAGCCGUUGCCGUUGUCGCUGCCAUGGCUGCUCUGGGUUAUUACUUUGUCAGCGAUACAUACAGUGCCCGGGAUCGCGCCGUCGUGAGCACCAUCCCUCCAGACGACAUCAAGGUGACCGUGGACACCGUCAAGAAGGACCAACAGAGGAGAGCGGAUGUCAAGUACCCGCAGAACAUGCGGGGUCGAUGGGGCACCGAGGAUACCCUGGGCAGGACCAAUACCAUCCUGCCACCACCCAACAAAGCCGGACCGAACCCAGCCGUGCGCAAAUAUGACAAGAACAUUUCUCCGUUGACGGGGUUGCCGUACGACCCGGUGCACUCCAAUAUGACACCGUUCUACAAGGGAGCUGGUAUCAACAACCCAACCCAGUAUGCACAGUACAAGAUGGAGUUGUUCAGCGGCACUCUGAAUGAUGGCAGUCCCGCAGAAGUUGGUCGCGAAGAGCAGGUCAACGCCAUCAACCCAGGCGACACCCUCCGCCGCGAUCAGCUCAUGGCGCCGCGAAGAAUGCCGUUUUUGAAGCCGGACAACUACGCCACCAAUACGACGCCUGUCCAGACGGCGAACCAAAAGAUCCCGGAGCUCGAGACCCGGUUCAUGCCGCCGACCAUCGAUCAAACACGCACCCUCAAUAACCCGGCGACCAUCUAUGAUACCAGCAGCUACAACUCACUCGGUCAGGUCGCUCGAACGCUCCCCGAGGCCGACUGGAAGAAGAAGGAUCAGGGAUUGCAGGUCUACGUACCACCCGUCCCGAUCAUGCCCGGACCCGCUGUAAAUGUCGCUCCUGUCCCUCCGUCGGAUAACAACACCCAGUACGUCACCAGAUUCCAGAACGACGGCAGCUGGGCGACCGAUUAUCAGGGUCCCUCUGUAGCAGCCGCUGGGUUUAUGCGGGGCCCGGUUGACGGCAGCUAUGAUAUCUGCAAGGAGCCCGUGCAGGCGGAUUAUUACCCUAUCCCGGUCACCAGCGUCUCUUCACUACCCUCACAGAAUACCGACUACACUCGAAUCGUCAACAACACCAUCCAGGGCGUGUGGAGUCAGGCCGGAGCCAAAGCCAGCACCGAAGCAGGCUAUGUCGAUGGCAGCUUCUUCCUGCCUGCCCGCGCAUCCGAUCAAUAUGGGGCCAUCCAGCAGACCGCUCAGAGCGCAUUCAACAAGGUUCCGACGAUGCCGUAUCUCCCCAACCCAAACAUGCCUCAGACCAGAAAGGAGCUCAAUACCGAGACUCGUUACGUGGGCUCGUCCAUGCCUCAGGUGCCGACGAUGGCGCCGCAAAACUUUAUGCCCAGCGACAAACUCCAGCUCCCGACACCGGCUCCGAUCCAGGGCAAGUGCCACCGCAGGAUCCUCAAGCUGGAUCCCGCCUCUCUUGCCGACCGACUCUCCUCUCUGUCCCUGGAGCCUGCCCCUGCCAUGAGCAACCCCCGCCCACUUCCGGAAGCCUUCCUCAAGACCUUCCGUGCCCCAGUGUUUACUGGGAAGAGCCGCUCCUCCUCGGUGGAGGACUGGCUGCAGCAACUCGAGGACUACCUCGAUGCUGCCCAAGUCGCCCCCACCCACCACAUCGUCGCCGCCAAGCUCUGCUUAAAGGACCAGGCGUACCGUUGGUACCGCCGCCAAGGGUUCGACGAGCAGAGCGAAGGUGUGUUUGACGACUUCAAGGACCGCCUCCGUCGCCGCUUCGGCAGCCCCAAUGCUGAACUCAUUGCCCGUGACAAGCUAUACUCUCUCGUGCAGCGUGGUUCUGUGACCCGCUACAUCGAGGAGUUUGAAGACCUCUCCUCCCAGAUUGAGGAGCUGGGCUCUGCUGAUGCGAUGUACCUCUUCCAGAAGGGCCUCAAGCCCAAGAUCAGAGAGUACAUCGCCAGCAACCCUGAUGCCCGCAAGUCCCUGGACGUGAUGAUGGACGUUGCCGAGAACCUCGACAACGUCCAGUACCAUGGCCGCCAGUUCUACCCGCAGCUGGCAGGCGGCCAUCGGUCUCAUCACGUCCCAGCCCGUCCGCCUCGCCCGGCCCCGCCCGCAAGACCCAUGCCUGAGCCCAUGGACGUUGACGUCAACGCCAUGGAGGCUCGUGGCCCUCCCCGCUCCCGGUUCCAGCAAGCUGCCACUGUCUCCCCCAAGGACAGACAGAAGCAGGAGGACCUCCGCCAUGGUUCCUGCUUCUUCUGUCACCGACCGGGACACCAGGCCAAGGAGUGCCCCAUGAAGUCGGGAAACGGCCGACCCUACUAGGUGGCUCUGGAGCCCUAGUAGGAGACCAACGCCGUGGAUUGCUCUGUAACGUCCACUACUGGGACGUUGGGGCAAGACGGGGAGGGAGGGGGUACAAGACAAGACAGGACGGGGCAGAACAGGGCGGUGCUAGGCUACUCUAGCGGACGGGUGAGCUCGGGGAGCACUUACGUUUAUUCACGAUAAAAC